CGUCUUUUAUCUUUUUGAUCCUUGCUUGCUUUUUUUCCCUUCUUAUUUUAUAUUUUGCAUAAAAGCACAUACACAGCAAUACAUCCAUAUCUACUCAGAUUCAUAUAAAUACCCAUGUCGACUGCACAAGUCGUUGCUCCGUCACCAAUGGUAGACUCGGCUACGAACUCACGGGGUGGAUUGUCAUCCAUAAGAACCAUUUUUACGUCUACUUCUUUGAAGAGACAUAGUAUUGCUCAGAUCUCAUCGCCGAACUUCCGUGUUGCAGUCCCGGUUAGCAACAGUGGCACAGCAAGGAAUGAUAUCAGCACUUCUAGAGCACCAUCAUCAUCGCUUUCUUCUUCUUCUUCAUCCUUGCUCCUAUCCUCGUCAAGCGUUGUUUCUCUCUUCCCUACUGCCAGCUCAAGGCGGCGGUCAUCCAUGAGUAAGGCAGCAGAGAGGGAUUGGAAGGAGCAGGCUAAACAAAUCUUUCCGUUGAGCACUGUUAACGAAACAGGCAUGUUUUUGCCACCAACGCCUCUCGAGAAAAGCCUUAAUGAUGAUUUGAAGGAUACGAAUGAGGAUUAUUUUGAUACGAUCAUCAAUACUCCACCCGAAAAAGUGAAGGCUUUGUUGUCCACAGAGUCCACGAUCAGUCCCGGUAUGUUUUCGCUACCAUCUUCCUCUAGCAGGAAAAACAACAGAGCCAAGCGCCAUACUAUGCCUUCAUUGUUUUCAACACCGUCUCUGUCGCCACCAUCGCCAUUGCAGCAGCAGCAAUCGUCAUCUAUCUCGGAUUUUGCCUCAGCAGCGUCAACACAGCAAACCAGUAGAACUAGAAGUGAAAGUCAGCCAUAUCAGGUCCAAAGGACUAGCAAUAUCAAUAACAGCCAUUACAGCAAUAACAAUAGCAACAGCAACAGCAACAAUUAUAGUAGCACCAAAGCUGAGAGUAAUGCGUCAAGAAAUGGCCCUACCACAAUUGUGUCAGAUAAUGGCAGCAAUAUUAAUAACAGCAACAUUACUGCGCCUUCUUCCUUCGCCAACGUGUUGGUCACACCACCAUCUAGUCCCCCUGCGCUGCAUUCAACUAAAGAGACUUAUUUCACCCCUUCGCCUUCAGAUACUAUCCAAUCCCAGCCUCAACCUCAAUCACAAGUAAAACCAGAUCAUCCACGCUCGUCCUCUAUACCAUCACCUUCAUCGCCAAUGUCACCAUCCUUAACAGAAGAAGACCCAGCCUCAGUCAUUACCAAGCCGGUGUCCUCCAUUGAGCAUGCCAAUAGUAUAAGAAGUCGAAGCAGGGCUCAAAUCAAGUUCCUGACAGGAGCCAAGGAUCCUGAAGAAGAUUUAUCGGAAUUGCUUGUUGACCCAUUUGAGGCUCUUCUAUCAUUAUCAUCUUCAUCACCAUCAACAACUACUGCAGACGAUGCAGAGAUGUCUUCUCCUAUCUCCAAUGUAUCUUCGCCAGCAGCGUCGCCACGUCGUCAAUCACUAGCAUUGCAGAAAGAGAAGGAGCAGAUCUGGAAAUUGAAUGCUCAAAAACUACGCAGUCAAAAUAAUUUCGAGGACGGAUUUCUUUUUGGACAUUAAUUUUCUUCUUCUCAAUGUAAU